CUGACCUACCUCCUCCUGAUGCAGUGAUUUCUAGUAUGUCUUCUCCACUGACCAAGGAAAAUGCAUUGCUGAUGUUGGAAUGAAUUUGUGAGAUGAAAAUGAACAAGUUUUCCUUGCCAAGAAGAUUCUUGACUUGCAUAAGGGAGGGAAGCUGGCUGACGGUAUCGCUGAGUGGUAGCCCAGUCUACAGGCCUCCAUCAAAAUCAUUCUUCCAUACUUCAUCAUGGGGACAUCUGCUGCAGAAUGGAUCUGUUAUUGUGGAUGUUCCAUUAGUUGAUCAGGGCUUCUAUGGCAGUGAAAUAGAACAGUACAAGGAGGAGUUAAGCACAUUGGGUGUCAUGUUUGAAUUUAAAGAGGCAUGUGAAUAUAUUGGAGAACAUUUUAUGUCUCUGGCAACUUAUUCUACUUUAACCAAAGGCCAUGUGGUUUCAAUCCUCAAUUUCAUCAAGUAUCUGAGGGAGAAAUAUCUUCCCCCAGAUACCUUCAUCAAUAGCAUUAAUGAUAGAAGGUGGUUGCGCACUACUCAAGCUGAGAAGAGCCCACAGGAAUCUGUUUUGUUGAACAGCGAGUGGAAUGCUGCCUCACAGAUCAGUGACAUCCCAUUUAUUGACCAUAAGCAUUAUGGGGAUGAGAUUCUUUCCUUUAAAACAGAACUGAAGCUGCUUGGAGUGGUGUUUGGUUUCAAUAAAAAAUACCAGCUCGUUGUUGACAACCUGAGAUCUCCAGCGCGCUUAGGUUGCCUGAGUUCUGAUGCUUUUCUCUUGAUACUGAAGUGCAUUCGCCAUCUGAGCUUGUUUGACAAAAUAUGCAGGGCAGUUAAGGAUAGUGAAUGUAUGAAGACGAUAAACAUGGGGUGCAAAUCUCCGGCUGAAUGUUUUUUGCUUGAUCCUGAGUGGGGCUGCCUGCUGCAGGUGUUUCACAGUUUUCCUCUUAUUGAUACAAAUUUCUAUGAGAGCAAUAUCUUAUCAUAUAAAAAUGAGUUGCAGCAUUUAGGGGUGGUGGUUAAUUUUGAGGAGGCAACUCAAGCUUUUGUAUCUGUUUUUAAGCAGCAGACAUCGAAUGGUUCCUUAAACAAGGAUAGUGUUCUUUCCCUUCUUGCAUGUUACAGAAAGUUGAAGACAACCAGCUUUAAAUUUCCUUCAGAUCUUAACAGCUGCAUUCAAAAGGCAAAGUGAUUGCGUACUAGAAUUGGUGAUAAAGUACCUAAAGAUUGCCUACUCUUUGAUUCGGCUUGGGAAUCUAUAUCAUCAAUCUCUCUGUUGCCUUUUAUUGAUGAUAGUGAGACUCGGUACGGAAGGAGCAUUCAUGAUUACAAGUUUGAACUUAAGAGUAUGGGAGUAAGGGUGAAAUUUGCAAGUGGGAUAAAGUUAGUGCCUGCAAGCCUUCGAUUGCCUGAAGACCCUAGCGUCAUGACUGCUCCAGUCGCAUUCUCAUUGUUAGAGUGCUUACGGAAGUUGGACCAUAAUGAUGAUCUCAUUGCUACUUUGCGGUCAAAACUUGCUAGAAAAUGGAUGAAGACUAAUGCUGGUUACAGGUCUCCAGAUAAAUGUUUAUUGUUUGGUCCCCAGUGGAAUUUUAUCUUACAGCCAGAAGAUGGUCCGUUCAUUGAUGAAAAUUUUUAUGGCUCCAACAUAGGGUCGUAUAAGAAAGAGCUCAAGUCUCUUGGUGUUGUGGUUGAAAUUGGAGAUGGAUGCUCAUUGCUUGCCGAUUACCUUAAUAGCCAUUCCAGCAGCAUUACUAUCACUCGGAUCUAUAAGUACUUGAGUAAGUUCAACUGGGAACCAACUAAAGAAGAACCUAGAAACAUAUGGCUUCCAAAUGGUGAUAAUGAUGGAGAGUGGGUAAAUUCUGAUGAUUGUGUUCUGCAUGACAAAAGUGGUUUCUUUGGCCUUCAGCUGCUCUCUCUAGAGAAGCACUACGACAAGGAACUGUUCAGUUUCUUCUCCAAAUUAGGUGUCAAAAGCAAUCCUUCUCUUGAUGAUUUUUACAAGCUUUGGAAAUCGUGGGAAGAUGUUGGCCGUAGUUUGUCACAAUCAGAGUGUCAAACUUUCUGGGAGUUUAUUGUGAAGCACUGGAGCUCAAGAACCGAGAACUUCCUAUCUGAGAACUUGUCAAAACUUCCUGUAGGUUCAGGCUUGAAGGAAAUUUUGAUGCUCGACAAACGUGAUGUUUUUAUUGCUGAUGAUCUCUAUCUGAAGGAUUUAUUUGAACAGUCUUCUUCUCAUCCCUUGUUCGUUUGGUAUCCACAACCAAGCUUGCCAUCUUUGCCUCGGCAGAAGCUGCUUGAAAUUUGGCAAAAUUGGUGUUCGUAAUUUGUCUGAAUCUGUUAAAAAGAAAGGCAUGUCUUCUAUUAAUUGUGCUGGACUUGAGCAGGUGCAGCCAAGAGAAAUCUUCAUUGGGAGGGGUUUGUUUAAGUUAAUUCUUGGCUUCCUUGCUGAUCCUUCGCUUCAAAUGGAAGCGCAUAAGAGACAUGAAGCUCUCAAAUGCCUCAUGGAUGUUAGUAUUUGUGCAAUGUUAAAACCAAUAACCAUGGAUUGCAGCCUGUCACUUUCUUCUGGAGAAGUCUUUAAUGUGAAAGUGAGCCGAAUGAUGUGCUGGGAAAGGGAAACUUCAAAGAUCUUUAUACAGAAGCUGGACAAAUCUGGUGGUCACAAGUGCAAGCUUGAGUACGCUACGUACUUCUCCCAAGUAGUUGCUGAGAGAAUUCUAAGGGAGAAAGAAGAUUAUGUGCCUCAACUGGCUGAACUAAUCAAAUUGGGGUUCAUCCUGGAAUUUGAUGAGGCAGCUGUUGGGUUCUUGAUGAAAACAAAGAAUCUACAGAUAUUUUUGGAGGAUGAAAUAUUCCUUUUCUCUGCCUGCACUUCUGAAUAGGUAUUUAUUGUUGGAGGAUGAAGAAUUCCUUUCCUCUGCCUGCACUUCUGAAUAGAUAUUUAUACAUGUAGUAAAUGGUCAGAACGAACUUUUUGGUAGGGUGACGCCCUCCUGUAGAUGUCAAAUGGAAUUUCUGGUGUUUUCUGGUCAGGGGAGAAGUCUCUUGCGUGAAGAUUGAUCUUUUGUUAUAAGUCCUUGCUAGUUAUUAAUGCACUUUGUUCUAUUUAGCUGCUCUAAGGUUUUCUGUGCAAUUUACCGAAUUUGUACUUAUAUACAAUUCCUGAAAAGCUAUAUUCCGCCGUUCCUUGUUUGUAAGAUUGGUCCUCUGCAUUUUCCUCCAGUUCUACAGUAAUAAAAAAUAUUCUCUUUAGUUUGCAUGCU